UCUGCCGGAAAACGAAAAACAGAUAAACUUUAUCUCACACGAAGUGAGAUUUCGUCGGUAGUAUCGUUACGACUACGUCGCGGAGAGCACGACGACGUGCGCGAAAGAGAGCGAGAGAGAGGCGAACGAUUCAGCGUGCACGCCUCUCGCGCAUCGCGAGGAAGCACUCUCGUUAUCAGUAUCAGUCGCCGCCGUCGCGCGCACAACUCUCACUCGCGACGAACAGUCCUCGCUUUCAUCGGCGUAGUCCCUUUUUCUUUCUCUCCUCGUCUCUCUUUCUCCCUCGCUAACGCGAGCGCGUGUGUGCUUCCGCCGACACACCGCUCCACCCGGGUGUGACUUUGUGGCGCGCCGUACGCUCUGCGUCACAACACGCGUGUAUACCUGCGCUCUGUCACGCGCAACACCAGCAGGACGCGAUGCCGACGCCGGAGUACGAGUACGGUGAGACGCGGCUGCGAUCGCGCAGAACAAAGAGCGUCACGAGAGCGGAGGAUAUACGAAAGGCGGAACAGAUGGUCCGCAGGUCGCAGCCCGACAAACCAUGCCAUCGUCCAAGAGAUAGCCUCUUUUCGUGGAGCUCCGGCUUUGAUAACUUCACGGGACUCGUCAACUGGGGCUUCCUACUGUUGAGCAUCGGCGGUAUCCGGUUACUGCUGGAAAAUUUCAUAAAAUAUGGGAUCAGAGUCGAUCCUCGCCAGUGGUUCGUCUUUCUCAGUGGCAGGAGUAAUGGCAGCGAAGAAUAUCCCUCGUUGUUGCUGAUCUUCUAUUCUACCGUGCCGGUGGCCCUUUGUCUGCUGAUCGAGAAAGGACUGUCUGUGGAUAUCAUAGCUCACGGGCCGGGAAUGGUGUUCCACAUCGUAAACCUCGUAGUGAUGGUUCUGAUGCCGAUGGUGGUCAUCCACGUGAAGGAUUCCGGAUUCAGUCUGUUCGGCACGAUGUACGUGUGUAUGCUGUAUGCUAUACUCUUCCUCAAGUUAUGGUCGUACGUGCAAGUGAACAUGUGGUGCCGCACGAGCAUCCGCCAAGCGAGCGCGGCGCAGGGCAGAGUAAGACGUCGCUCGCUGUCUUAUAACGGUCUUCACUCUUCCGGCGUUAAACAGAACGGCGUCAUCGACACUUUAAAGGACGAGAUGAACGGCCGCGGAAGUUCAUUGGUGCAAUAUCCCGACAAUCUGAACUUCGCCGACCUUUACUACUUUAUCUUCGCGCCCACCCUGUGCUACGAGCUGAACUUUCCCAGGACACAGAGGAUCCGCAAAAGGUUUCUUAUAAAACGGAUAGUGGAGGUCGUCGUAGGAUUUCAGGUGGUAAUGGCGCUUUUCCAACAGUGGAUGAUACCUUCCGUGAAGAAUUCACUAAUCCCCUUCAGCAAUAUGGACGUAGCCAAGGCCUCCGAGCGUCUUCUCAAGCUGGCGAUACCGAAUCAUCUAGUGUGGCUUUGCUUCUUCUACUUGGCAUUUCACUCCUUCCUCAAUCUGAUGGGUGAGCUACUGCAUUUCGCGGAUCGGAAUUUCUACUGCGAUUGGUGGAACGCCAACAAUAUCGACACGUUCUGGAGAACUUGGAACAUGCCAGUACAUCGUUGGGCCGUGCGACAUCUUUAUAUUCCGGUCGUAGAGAUGGGCUAUAGUAAGACUACAGCGUCGGUGACAGUCUUCUUUAUUAGCGCUUUCUUUCAUGAGUAUUUGGUAAGCGUACCCUUGAAAACAUUCAAGAUAUGGGCCUUCAUGGGUAUGAUGGGACAGAUACCUCUAUCGGUGCUGAGCAAGAUGGCUGAACGAUACUUGGGCGCUAGAUAUGGUAACAUCGUUGUAUGGGCGAGUCUCAUCAUCGGGCAACCACUUUGUAUAUUAAUGUAUUAUCACGAUUACGUUGUGACUCAUUUCGGCGAGUCUCUGAUCAAGGACUACUCUGUGGUGUAGGCGACAUAAUGAGAUGGAAAGGAGACAAAGUUUCAGGAAAACUUCCAAAGAUAAACUUGCGAUUGUUUGUUCUUUUUUACGAUUUUCUUUUUCGGUGGUGUGCGUUUAUUGAUAGCGAAAUAUAUAUAGCUUCCCGUUUGCAUUUUACGCGCAAAGUAAUUUCUUUUUAAUUUUGCCGAAAUCAGUAAUUAUCGCGUGAUAAUUUAUUACCUGUGGGAAUAUUCGAUAAUGUGCAUGUGCCUUAAAUAUAACUUUUGAUUAAGUGAAAUGUUGAAAGCUGCUGGCACAAUACGGAUUUAAACACACGGUAAAACGAAACCCGAAUUGAUGGGAGUCAUUGAAAAAUACCUUACAUUUCACGGACUCUGUACAUACAUGUGUUACUAACUGCGCUAGUGUAUUGCGAAAAAUUUAAUAAUUUUUAUACGAAAAUUUUUUAACAGAGCUUCCUCGCCAUACAUGGGCGAACUUGUUGUUGAAUAAACGAAAUAUUUUCUA